AGAAGGCUGUGGCCACGGGUCCGUGCGGGUCCCAGCUUGGCAACGCCGCCGCCAUUGCUGCCAUUGCCCGGCCCCACCAUGGGCCGAAUGCGGAUAGAAUAGGCUUGCGAGCCGUUGAACGACCCGCUCCGAGCGGUGGGCAGCCGUUCCCCCAAGGUUGGGGCUGCCUGCAGUGAGGGGGUUGCCAGAGCCAAGACAAGGACCAUGGCGCAGGGCCACCGCGACGCCCUCGCCGUCGCGCGGGGCACGGCCUGGGACCACGGCUAUAGACUAGGCAUGCGCAUGGCCGAGGAAGCGCGGAAUCCAUUACCGCCGAAGCGCGCCCUCAAACCAUCCACGAGAAAACUCCUGGCCGCGUUCCCGCCAGCUGCGGAAGAAGUAGACCUAAGGAAGGAGCUCGAUGGAUUAAGUGACGCGGCGUUGUGGGAGGGAGCCUGCGCUCUGGCGGAAGAUGCCGCGCGCGCCGACCAGCGCCGAGCGUUGGAGACUGGAGAAGAAGCCUACCCGCCGGGCGGCGCCGUCGCGGACUGGUGCCAACAAUUUCUCGAGGGCACGUCCGAUAAUAUCAAAGACGGGUGCGCGUGGACGUACCCGAAGCCGGCCACGCGCGGCAAGUCCGUCACGCUAGCUGGAUGGAAAGGUUUGCGGCUGGAACCGCUACGAGCUUUGUCAUUAGCCCUGGGCGACUCGCUGACCGCCGCAGAUCUCUCGCAGACGUCCCUGACGGACAAUGACGUCCAGGCGUUCUGUGCUCGGCUCUUCGCGUUACGAACCUUGAAGAUGAGGGACUGCGAGAACGUCACGAACCAGUCCUGCAUGAAGAUCUCGCAGUGUAUCCACGAGUGCCUCACGCAGUUAGAUGUGUCGGGUUGUACGCAAUUAAAUAGUGACGCGUGUGGUUGGCUUGGUGGGAUAGUAGGUGUGGGAGCGGCGAAGUGCCACAAGCUACUCUCGUUAGACAUCUCGCGGUGCCCCCUGGUCAAGGACGACGCUCUGGCGAACUUGGCCCAGGGCUGUAAAAGGCUGCAAAUGCUAUCCGUCGCGAAAUGUGAACGAGUGACGGACGCGGGUGUUAUCUCACUCUCAAAGGGCUGUGCUUCCUUGAAGAUUCUCGACGUGUCCGACUGCCAACUCGUGGGCGACAAGGCCUUCCGGUCGUUGGGGUUCCGGUGCCACCGUAUGACAACGGUACUCGCGCCGCGAGCUGGUUUGCUGAAAAACACUUCGAUAAGAGCCCUAGCGCAGGGCUGCCCCGGGUUGACCUGCCUCGACGUGGCCGGCGCGCAACACUUGAGUGAGUCGGUCUUCGGGGAACUGUGCUCCGGAGCGCUGGGGAUGCGUUAUUUGAACGUCACUGGGUGUGAGGAGGUCACGUCGUCUGGUUUGAAGGCCUUGAUCAAGGGCAAGUCUUUACUGAAAGGCGCCGGCACCGUCGUGGAAGCGCGGGCGUUCUUUGGGUUCUGUCCUCGGGAAGAUGCUACUUCUGUGGAGCUGACCGAGGCCCAGCAACUCCUCGAGGAAAGGUCUUGUCGGGAGAUCGUGGCCUACUUCCGAGCCUAUCGGAGACGUUGUAAGGCCUCGGACGCGCGCGUGGAGUUGAGGCUGCACGGCGCGUCGCGCAAAAUCGCAAGGAAGUGCAUGGCGUGGCUUAGGAGGAGACGCCAGGCCAACAAGGAACGACUUAAACGAAGAGAAUUCUACACGCGGGAACUCCAGCGGUUCUGGCGGGGCUACUGUGGACGGAGGGAUAUAUGGAACGCGAAGGAGUAUCAGCGCUUACUUAAGUUGCACACGAACCAGGUGAUCGGCUUCCAGGCGUGCUACCGGGGCUAUAAGAUAAGAUUGGUGGAUCCCGCCGGGUGUCUGCCUGCUAUUAGAAGACUAAGAGCGCAACUCAAGAAGUACCGACGAGAUGUUGCUUCUACCAAAAUACAAGCUGCUGGUAGGGGUGUACGCGCUCGCAGAAAGGCCUUAGUUAUGUCUCAAAUAAAGCUGAGGAAUGAGAGGGACGAGCGCGUCGCCGCGGCGAUUAUUCAGUCCAUACUACGAGCUUUGCACGCUAGACAUGAAGUCAUACGACUCCGACUACGACGGGAGCGGUUGGCGGCCUUGCAUGAUCAUGCCGCGCGCGUCGUCACCAAAUUCAUGAAAUGGGCGGGCGGCCAGUCGUUGAUGGCUCGUUUACAGGCCAUCAUGGAGCGCAAACGACGACUGCAAGAAGGAGCGUCGCUCGUCAUGGAGCGGUGCACGCGCGGAUUGUUCGGGAGGCAACGGGCUCGACGUAGGAGGAAGUUCAUGGCGAUGCUCAACGCGCAAGUGACGGUCAUCCAGAAGUGUUAUAGAGGUUCUAGGGUGAUGGACUGGCGGAAUCUGCGCAUGAAUCAUAUUGCGCGACAUGUCUAUGCGCGUCGCGACUUCGAGCAGGCGCAGCGAGCUCUGAACCGACAGAAGAAGUUCGAGGCGUGGCAGGCUGAGUUGGCCAAGGAUUCUUGUAGCGAUUCGGAUGGCGACGCGGGUGGCGAGCUGGGUGCCGAGUGGGUGGAACGGCGGAAUCUCGACGGUGGGCUCGUGUGGGUGCACAACGAGACGGGCGAGAUCGUCACGGUGGAUCCGCGCACGGAUCCGGUCGACGCGGAGCUGAUCGGUUGUAGCGUGCGCGUGUUCUGGCCGCUCGAGGAGCAGUGGUUCGAAGGGGUGUUGGCUCGCUUCCAUAGGCGUAGAAGGAAGUACCGAGUAGAAUAUAUAGAUGGGGACCACGAGUGGAUCGACGUGGAUGAGGCGGCGGACCGGUUGCAGCUGUACGACGCUUCCGGUUCGUGGUCUGAUUUCAAUGUGGCUGUCCGGCCUGCUUUGGCCGAGAGACAAAAUAAGCGGGCCGAGAAGGCGGAUAUUAAGGUUAGGGCGCGGAGACUGGAGGAGGAGACGCGCGCGUGGACUGUAUUACCUGAGAAAGAAAGUGAUGACGAGUAUGACGACGACGACGACGAGGCGGCGCUGGAGCGCGCGCGGGCGAAGAUGGAGGUGGCGAAGGUCGGGAAACGCGAAAGGUGGACCAACUCCCUCACGGGGGAGAUUCGCUUCCUGGGACAGGAGGCGGCGUUCUGGAUGGAGAGUCGCGACGCGGACAAGAACUUCUGUGCGAACGCGGCGUCCUUUCUGGCGCGUCGCUGGCGUCGCCGGUGGCGGCGAGUCGACGCGGGGUCCCCAACGCAGGUUUCGAGCACGGAGAGACAGGGGAAAGAGUUUACUACGAUCCCCGGUUCGCCAAGGAUACGGACGUGCCGAAUGUGCGCCGCUGGAAGCUCGAAUGCCUCAACGCGCUGCGGCCCGCCGUUUACCUUGGUGCAGGUCUCGUGGAAGCGUGGGAUACGGCCGCGGAAGGCGCGCGCGGCAAGAAGGCCCGGCAAGAGACGCUCAAACGCGUGCUCAAGAACGCCAAGACUUUUGUCAGGGACUUGUCGUCGGAGGUUCUGCGGGCCAAGGAGCUCUGGUCAGAGGAGGACUUCGCGGCCGACGCCGAGCUGGUGUACGCGGCCCACACUCUGCAUCGUCUAAACGAGCUGAAGGUCGUAGCGGAGGCCGAGCAGGAGAAGGGCCUCGAGGCGAAACGAAAACUUAUCCGGGAAGCCAAGCGCUUCCAGGGCGUCUGGUGCCGGGCCUGCCGCCACAAGUGCAUGGACCAGCAGGCGACGCACUGUCCUACUUGUGGAGUGCGCUUCACGUCCAAGGGUGUCAUCGCGGUCGGCGACAUCGGUUCCGAGAACUUUCAGGAGCAGACGCGGGAGUCGCGCGCGUCGCUGGCGGAUCGACUGGCGGAGCGCGCGUCGCUGGAGAGCCGCCCGGGGACGGCCGGACUCAUCGAGGCGCCCGCAGAAGAAGUGCAGCCGCAGCCGUCGGUCACGUUCUCGCUGGAGACGGACGAGUCGUCGAACCCGCUGCAGCGGUCGUCCAUCGAGUCGUCGUACACGUAUGGGUCGGAGAGCGUGUCCCAGGAGUAAAUCGCAUGUUUGUCUGAGAA